UUUUCUCAAGUAACCCACAUUUCGAUAACGUUCAAUUUCUAGGAAGCAGCUAACGGUUCUGUCGAGGCAUCAACAACAAUGGGGGGUUUCAAUCCAGCAAUCGAAUUGAGUAUUCUUCUUCUCCUCCCAUUCCUCUCAUCUCCUUCUUCUCUAUCUCUCGAUCUACCCAAUACAACAGUAUACGAAAUCCUCACUAAAUUCAACCUUCCUCCAGGGCUUUUACCUAGUUCUGUAAAAUCUUACUCUCUUUCCGAUGAUGGAACAUUUGAAGUUUUACUGGACAAGCCUUGUUAUGUGGAGUUUGAGUAUUUGGUUUAUUAUGAUGAGAAGGUUACUGGGAAGCUGAGUCUUGGGUCGAUUACUGAUUUAGAAGGAAUUCAAGUUAAGAGAUUCUUGUUGUGGCUAAACGUGAAUGAGAUCCGUGUGGAUUUGCCAUCGUCUGGGAGUAUUUACUUUCAAGUUGGGUUCAUUAACAAGAAGCUUGAUAUCAAUCAGUUUGAAACUCCUCGUUCUUGCCGGGAUAAUGGUUUGGUCAUGUGUGGAGGACCAUCUCUGAGACAGAACGCCAAUAUUCUGAGAAAUUUAUUGAGAAGAAAGGACACGUAGCGACACAGGCUGUAUCCCUUAGCUAAUGUGACCUAAAGAUAAAAAUGAUGGUAGCCUUCUCAGAGAAUUAUUCUCUAUCUGGUUGGAUGAAGCCAUUACUCAACAACAUAUUAUCAAGGUUGGCAAACUUCAUUCAAGCUAAUUUCAUCUCAAAUGAUGUUUUGGGAUACCGUUGCUUGAAAUUUUGGGUAAUUGUGAACAGUUAACAGGUGAUCACUUCUAUUGAUAUUAGAUAUAUGAAAAUCUCUACAACAGAUCAUCACACAGUCUUGAAUGUCAAUUGUUGGAUCCUUUAUUCACCCGUAAAAGAAGCUGGUUGUUAUACUAAUGAAGUUACUGUC